AUGGGUACUGAGAAAGAGCUACCAAAUGUCGACCUCGUUGUAACACCUGCAAAAGAUGCGGGCCUUUGGGAGCAGAUUAUGGAAAAGUGCGUCCGAACGGAGGGUUGGGUUUUCGCGCCAAGCGAUUAUUCGACAUGGCUAGACGCCUUCGAAGAAUUUUACUACUACUUCGCCCUGGACAAAGAGACGAAGAAGGCGGUUGGCAGCUUAUGUUUCGGACGCUACGACGCCCUUAGCGGCAAACCGGAAGAAUCUUUGUGGGCGGUUGGUAUGUACUACGUUGACCCCGAAUACCGCGGAAAAGGGCUUGGUGCCUUCCUGUUUGAUAAAAUGAUGGCCAAAAUUGGAGAUGAUAAUGCCGUUUUGAAUGGAGUCCUAAAGAUGGCCCCACGUUAUUCGGCGACGUAUGGCUUCGAUAAAAUUCUUUCGGAGGGAGAUCCGCAUCCAUAUUACCAAGUUGAUUGCAAGAAGCUCGUGGUGCCGGCUCGCGAUGAGGAUGUGGUCACAAAGGAUUAUCGAGAGGUAUCCGCGGAUGAGGUUGACGCGUGGGAUCGUGCAGAGAUCAUGCCUGGCUACGAUAGAAGCAAGUAUCUCCGUCUGCUUAUCACCUCGCCCGAGGCACUAACGAUGGUUGCCUACCGAGACGAAAAGAUCGUGGGGUUAUUGUGUGUCCGGGAAACCGGCAAGAAGCUCAGUGCCGGACCGUUCUACGCCGAUGACAUGGCUGUAGCUCGAACCCUAGUGCACGAUCUUUUGAAGCGGAAGGAAGGCUGGAUGGAUUUCACGUCGUUUGGAGGCACGACUCCUAGUUGUUGCCAGAUGGCAAAGGAAUUAUUUGAAGAACUUAACAACGGAGAGCCUUGUGGACAUGGCUUUGUCUAUCUACAAUUCACAAAAGAGCUCGUUCACGCUGCCUACGAGAAAACUCUGGCCAUAACCGAUUGUGCGAUGAGCUAUGUG